CGUGACGUCGUUCAGGGUGGCGUCCCCUCCGCCUCUCCUCCCUCCAUCUCUCCGCCCUUGGAGGCGUUUCAAAGCUCAGCUAGGCUGCUCUGGAAGUGGUUCAAUAUAUCGCUACGGUAUAACUAGUUAUUUGACACAACGACACACACAGUUGAGUACCUUCUAAGGAGGCCCGCCCACUAGAGGCCACCAUGGGGGACGAUAGUGAGUGGAUGAAGCUUCCUGUCGACCAGAAAUGUGAACACAAGGUCUGGAAAGCCCGUCUGAGCGGCUAUGAAGAAGCCCUGAAACUCUUUCAGAGGAUAGAGGAUGAAAAAAGUCCAGAAUGGGGAAAAUACCUGGGCCUGAUCAAGAAGUUUGUCACAGACUCCAAUGUUGUGGCUCAACUGAAGGGCCUGGAGACAGCCUUGGCCUUUGUGAUGAAUGCCCACAUAGCCGGAAAGACAACGGGCGAGGUGACGUCCGGAGUGAUCACCAAGGUGUUCAACCAACCCAAGGCGCGGGCAAAAGAGCUGGGCUUAGAGAUCUGCCUGAUGUACAUAGAGAUCGAGAAGGCUGAAGUGGUCCAGGACGAGCUGCUGAAAGGGCUGGAGAACAAGAACCCAAAGGUGGUCGUGGCCUGCCUUGAGGCCCUCCGGAAGGCCCUCAGUGAGUUUGGAUCAAAGAUUGUGACCUUGAAGCCAGUGGUGAAAGUGUUGCCGAAGCAGUUUGAAUCCAGGGAGAAGGCGGUGAGAGACGAAGCAAAGCUCCUGGCCAUAGAGAUAUUCAGGUGGAUCAGAGAUGCUUUGAGACCACCGCUGCAGGGUAUCAACUCUGUCCAGUUGAAGGAUCUGGAGGAGGAGUGGGUGAAGGUGCCGACAGCCGCGCCCAAACAGACCAGGUUUCUCCGCUCACAGCAAGACCUGAAGGCCAAGUUUGAGCAGCACCAGGCCAAUAAAGGAGAUGAAGUUGACGGGGAGGAAGAGGAGGACACGGUGGUGGUGGUGGAUCCCUAUGAGCUGCUGGAGGCGGUGGAUAUCCUCGCCAAGCUCCCAAAGGACUUCUACGAGAAGAUAGAAGCCAAGAAGUGGCAGGAGAGGAAGGAAACCCUGGAGGCUGUGGAGACGCUGGCUAAAAACCCGAAACUCGAGGCUGGAGACUAUGGAGACCUGGUCAGAGCGCUGAAGAAGGUUGUGGGGAAAGAUGCCAACGUUAUGCUAGUGACCCUGGCCGCUAAAUGCCUGGCUGGUCUGGCCUCUGGACUCAGGAAGAAGUUUGGAACUUAUGCCACACUUGUGGUGUCGACUAUUCUUGAGAAGUUCAAGGAGAAGAAACCUCAGGUUGUGCAGGCCUUGCAGGAGGCCAUCGACGCCAUCUUCCUCACGACCACCCUGCAGAACCUGUCAGAGGACAUCUUGGGCGUGAUGGACAACAAGAAUCCCUCCAUCAAGCAGCAGGCCUCCCUCUUCCUGGCCCGUGCCUUCAGACACUGCACCCAGGCCACCCUGUCCAAAAGCGUCCUCAAGCCCUUCUGUGCGGCCCUCCUUAAGCAAGUGAAUGACUCGGCCCUGGAGGUUCGAGACGCUGCUUUUGAGGCCUUGGGGACAGCCAUGAAGGUGAUCGGGGAGAAGGCCGUCAACCCCUUCCUGGCCGAUCUGGAUAAGCUCAAACUGGAUAAGAUAAAGGAAUGUGCAGAUAAAGUGGAACUCCCCGGGGCUAAACGCGGGGCGAGCGGAGGAGACAAGAAGCCUGCCGCUAAAGCCCCUCCCCCAAGUGAAGCCCCAUCCAAGUCCUCAGGCCCGCCCAAGAAGACACCUGCCGCCGCGGCCAGCAAGCCUUCCGCAGGACCUUCUAAGAAGGGCAAGCCAGCCACCGCGUCCGGGGCUAAGGCUAAGAAAGGGGUCGAGGCCAAAGAGAUUAUAGAAACCGAGCUGGCGAUCGAGGUUUGUGAGCAGAGGGCAGCGCUAGUACUUCCUGCGUCCUGUCUGGAGCAUCUAGAUUCGGCCAACUGGAAGGAGAGGCUGGCCAGCAUGGAGGAGUUCCAAAAGGCUGUCGAGACCAUGGAUAAGAUAGAAAUGCCCUGCCAAGCCUUGGUUAGGAUGCUUGCCAAGAAGCCUGGGUGGAAGGAGACCAACUUCCAGGUGAUGCAGAUGAAGCUCCGCGUGGUGGCCAUCAUCGCCCAGAGAGGGCAGUUCUCCAAGACCUCCGCCUCGGUGGUCCUGGAGUGCCUGGUGGACAAGGUGGGAGACGUCAAGUGCGGCGGGAACGCAAAGGAGGGUCUGACAGCCAUCGGGGAGUCCUGCUCACUGCCCUGGACUGCUGAACAGUUGGUAUCAUUGGCUUUUUCUCAGAAGAACCCCAAGAACCAGUCCGAGUCUCUUAACUGGCUGGCCAACGCCAUGAAGGAGUUUGGCUUCGCUGGGAUCAACGUGAAAGCCUUCAUCAACAACGUGAAGAUCGCGCUGGGAGCCACCAACCCUGCCGUGCGGAUCUCGGCCAUCGCCCUGCUGGGGGUGAUGUACCUCUACAUGGGCGCCCCCCUGCGCAUGUUCUUUGAGGACGAGAAGCCCGCCCUGCUCUCGCAGAUAGACGCAGAGUUCGAGAAGAUGCAGGGCCAGUCGCCCCCCGCAGCCAUCCGGGGCACCAGGAAGUCUGGGCCCGAGGCUGAUGGGGACGAUGGGGACGAACCAGAGGAGGAUGCGGCGGGACCACCAGACAUCAUGGAUCUCCUCCCCCGAACAGACAUCAGCGAUAAGAUCAACUGUGACCUGGUGUCUAAGAUCGGGGAUAAGAACUGGAAGAUCAGGAAGGAGGGUCUGGAUGAGGCGGCGGCCAUCAUUUCGGAUGCCAAGUUCAUCACGGCCAACAUCGGAGAUCUGUCCCUGGCCCUCAAGGGACGUCUCAAUGACUCCAACAAGAUACUGGUGCUGCAGACCCUGACUAUGCUGCAGCAGCUGGCCACUGCCAUGGGCCCCGGCCUGAAACAACAUAUUAAACCCCUAGGGAUCCCCAUCAUCACUGUGCUGGGAGACAGCAAGGCCAAUGUGAGGGCUGCUGCCUUGGCAACGCUGCAGGCGUGGGUGGAGCAGACGGGAAUGAAGGAUUGGCUUGAGGGAGAUGACAUGUCAGAGGAGCUGAAGAGAGAAAACCCCUUUCUCCGCCAGGAGCUCCUGGGCUGGUUGGCCGAGAAGCUACCCAACAUGAGGACGGUGCCGGGGGACCUGAUGCAGUGUGUGCCCCAACUCUUCGCCUGCCUGGAGGACCGCAACGGUGACGUCCGCAAGAAGGCCCAGGACGCCCUGCCGAUGUUCAUGAUGCACCUGGGCUUCGACAAGAUGACCAAGGCAGCGGGGAAACUCAAGCCCGCAUCCAAGGACCAGGUGUCGGGCAUGUUGGAGAAGGCCAGGGCGGUGAUGCCGGCGAAACCUGCUGCACCCUCCAAGGCAGGGGAUGGGGCAGGUAAGGCUCCUGGGAGCAAGGCAGCGGCAGGCCCCAGGCCUCAGGCCUCCGGGGACGACGCCACCGACUCCAAACCCGAAGGCAAGAAGAUCAGAGGAGGGGGAGCGGCGGCGAAGAGGCCCCCCUCCCCUUCCGAGGAGCCCGCCACAGAGGACAGUAGUGGUAGUAAAAAGGCCCCAUCAGUCAGGGGCAAGGCUGCUGCUGGAGGUCAACAGGGGACACUGGGUAAGAAGCCUGCCGCCAAAGGCAUGAAGGAGGAAGAGGACCGGUCGGGACCCAUCUUCACCCUGAUCCCCAACGCCAAGGAGCAGCGGAGCAAAGAGGAGAAGCAGCUGAAGAUCUUGAAGUGGAACUUCACCACCCCCCGGGACGAGUACCUGGACCAGCUCAAGGCCCAGAUGUCCACCUGCUUCGCCAAGUGGCUGCAGGACGAGAUCUUCCACUUUGACUUCCAGAGACACGUCAAGGCCAUCGGCGUCAUGAUGGAGAGGUUGGAGAGCGAGAGCGAGGCGACCAUCGGCUGCCUGGACCUGAUCCUCAAGUGGUUCACGCUGCGCUUCUUCGACACCAACACCACUGUGCUGAUGAAGGUGCUGGAGUACCUGAAGCUGCUGUUCGCCAUGCUCAGCGCGCAGGGCUUCCACCUCAGCGAGUACGAGGCCAGCUCCUUCGUCCCCUACCUCAUCCUCAAGAUGGGGGAGUCCAAGGACGGGGUCCGUAAAGACGUGCGCACCAUCCUGACCCUGCUGUGCAAGGUGUACCCCGCCGCCAAGGUCUUCCCCUUGCUCAUGGACGGUACCAAGUCCAAGAACUCCAAGCAGAGAUCCGAGUGUCUGGAGGAGCUGGGCCUGCUGAUCGAGGGCAACGGUCUGACCGUGUGCCAGCCCACGCCGGCCAAGUGCCUGAAGGAGAUCGCCGUGCACAUCGGCGACCGGGACACCUCGGUGCGCAACGCCGCCCUCAACACCGUGGUCGCCGUCUACAACGUCUGCGGCGAGCAGGUCUACAAGCUCAUCGGAAAUCUAUCGGAGAAGGAGAUGAGCAUGCUGGAGGAGCGGAUCAAGCGCUCGGCCAAGAAGACCCCCGCCGCCGCCCCCGCCAAGCAGAGCGCCCCGGAGCGCACCCAGCCCCCCAACUCCACCGCCACCUUCCUGCGCAAGCCCGCCCAGGAGGACCCCAACAAACUCAAAAUAAUGUAUCGCACGUAUAGGAUCCAAGCGCGUCAGAACGCGCAGCACAACGAGCCCUCCCACCCCAGCAUCCCCCGGGAGUUCCAGCUGGACCUGGACAUGAUCGAGACGGACCAGGGCCGCGUGGGCGACCUGCCCGACCUGGUGCAGCACCAGCUGGAGGAGCUGCUGGAGCCCAUCGUGAUGCCCGAGCCCAAGAUGCGCUCGGUCUCCCCCCACUACGAUGAGCUCCACAACAGCACGGCCUCCACCAUAAACUUUGUCAUCUCCCAAGUGGCCAGUGGGGACAUCAACACCAGCAUACAGGCACUGGCUCAGAUAGACGAGGUGCUGCGGCAGGAGGACAAGGCGGAGGUGAUGUCGGGCCACAUCGACCAGUUCCUCAUCGCCACCUUCAUGCAGCUGCGGCUCACCUACAACACGCACAUGGCGGACGAGCGUCUGGACAAGAAGGACAUCUUCAAGCUGUACAGCUGCAUCAUCGGCAACAUGCUGUCUCUGUUCUUCAUGGAGUCCCUGGCCCGGGAGGCGUCCAUGGGCGUGCUGAAGGACCUGAUGCACGGCCUGAUCACGCUGAUGCUGGACGGCCGCGUGGAGGACAUCGAGGACGGCCAGCAGCUCAUCCGCUCCGUCAACCUGCUGAUGGUGCGCGUGCUGGAGCGCUCCGACCAGACCAACAUACUCAGUGCUCUCCUCGUCCUCCUCCAGGACAGUCUGAUAACCACGGGGGGCUCUCCAAUGUUCUCCGAGCUGGUCAUGAAGUGUCUGUGGAGGAUGAUCCGCUACCUCCCAGAGAGCAUCAACAGCAUCAACCUGGACCGCAUCCUGCUGGACGUGCACAACUUCAUGAAGGUGUUCCCCAAGGACAAGCUCAAGCAGCUGAAGAGCGACGUGCCCCACCGGACCCUCAAGACCCUGCUGCACACACUCUGCAAGCUCACGGGCGUUAAGAUCCUGGACCACCUGUCCAUGAUCGAGAACCGCAACGAGUCUGAGCUGGAGGCCCACCUGAGGCGGGUGGUGAAGCAUUCUGGGAACCUGUCGGGGAUCAAGAGCGACCGGGGCAACGAGAAGAGCGGCCCGCGUACGGAGGAUCGGAUGUCGAAGGCCAAAGUGAGCGACAUCCUGUCGGAGAUCUUCAAGAAGAUCGGCUCCAAGGAGAACACCAAGGAGGGUCUGACGGAGUUGUAUGAGUACAAGCAGCAGUACUCGGACGCGGACCUGGAGCCCUUCCUGAGGAACACGUCUCAGUUCUUCCAGAGCUACGUGGAGCGGGGCCUGCGCAUGAUCGAGUCGGAGCGCGAGGGCAAGGGCCGCAUCCAGACCACGGCAGUGAUCCCCCAGCACGGCGUGGACUCGGGGCCUCUGGGGGGCAACAAUGGGGAGGACCUGAAGCCGGCCAUGUACUACGAGAGGCUGAAGAUCCUGCGGCAGAGGAAGGGCCUGGAGAACCACACCAAGGGCUUGGGUGGAGUCGGAGGAGUGGGAGGCCCGGAGGACGAGCAGCAGCAGCAGCAGCGCCUGCCCAUCUCCUCGCUGCUGUCCCCCAAGCCCCCCGUGGCCUCCUCCACCGACAUGCUGCAGAGCAAGCUGUCCCAGCUCAAGGAGUCCCGGGAGCUGUACCAGCAGGAGCUCAGCCCGCACGGCCACUCGCCCCCCCGAGGCCGCUCGGCCUCCCCCUCCGCCAACCUGGACGACCUGAAGAAGCGUCUGGAGAGGAUCAAGAGCAACCGGCAGUGAGGCGGGCGGCGGCGUUCCGCACCCGUCACUUUUUAAAAAAGGUCUCCAUCUCGCUCUCCCCUGCUCUGUGCACCCCAAUGCAGCUGAUGGUAGAGAAGUGUGUGUGUGUGUGUGUGUGUGUGUGUGUGUGUGUGUGUGUGUGUGUGUGUGUGUGUGUGUGUGUGUGUGUGUGUGUGUGUGUGUGUGUGUGUGUGUGUGUGUGUGUGUGUGUGUGUGUGUCUCUCUGGUUCCCUGAAGACCAGCUUCACCCCGGAACCAACAGGGUCUCUCACUCCCUCGCUCGCCCGUUUUCACAGUUUGUUCACAACUGACCAAUAAAUAAAUCCCUUAACAAGCAACGGCCCGUGUCAAGCCUGGAUUCAGGAUCAUAUUUUUGUAACUCAAGGCGUCCGAUAGGUCGAGUAGCUCGCCGUCCAGUGGGCUUGAAGGACCCCCCCCCCCCCCGAGUCGAUGGCGAGUUUGAGCACGUGAGGUAUGACAACAUCUGUUAAGGUAGCGUAUGAUGCGUUCUAGUGUGUUUUUAACCAUUAUUUGUAAUUGAGCCCAGUCAUAAGAUUGGGUCCUUAAUUUUUGGGAAAACAUUGCAUUUCAUUUGUAAAUCGUGAAGAAGCAUAAUUAAAUUGGCGUGAUCCACAGUGUAGGACACACGGGUAGGACGGGUAGGUCUAGAUGCGUUGCCUGAUUUACUUUUGUUGUACAGUUUUAGUAACCAAUGGCUGAACUAUGUUCCACCCCGUUCCGUAGGGGGUUAUAUUCGGUCGGGUCCAAUGUUGUCUUGUCGGUCGCCCUAACCCUAACCUCUGGGCCCUCGGCUCUCCUGGGCUACUCUUUCCACACAUGCAGACCCCCCCGUACAUUAACACUCCCUACAGUAAAAGAUAACCAAGAACCUUGCCACAUCGUAUGUAUUAAUAAGAACCAUUAGUGGAUAACCCUUUUUCCUCCUGUUUCAUAUUGUGUUGCGUGGUUUUUGUAUAUACUGGGGAUGGCUCACCACUGGAUAGCAUGGAAGCGCUUUUUGGCCGGAUACAAAGAGUUGUGCACUUUGUUUGUAGUCCAGUGCAAGCCCUCAUGGGGCGGCCCCAACGAGGGCACGCGGGUGUAGAUACUGGAUGGCCCCCAGCUGGCCUAGGAAUGUUGACACAUCGAAAGAAUCCGAUGUUUGGACCUGUUUGCGUCCCUUCACAACGCUUGGGCCACUAGCAGGCUUGGCUUCAUUCUGGUGCCCCCUGGUGGUACCAGAAUGUUAUGACAGAUGUCUGUCCCUUCCUCCCGCUCCCCCCUCCACCUUUUUGAAUUCAAGUAUCCGAGCUAAUCUAUUCUAGACUAGUAUGACUACCCUCAGCGGCUUGUCAACGACUUGCUAACCGUUUAAUAAUCAACAGCCGACCAUCCAAUGAGUUGCUCAUUAGUUUUAGGUUGGCGCUCUUCUUCCUGAGCAAGGACAUAGUUGUUAUGCAUUCACGCUUAACAGUCAGCACUUUUAAAUCACUUGUCGUUCCCGGGCCCCACGCAUGGCCUCUUUGGGGGCCAUGUUACCACAGACAGAUUGCAUGAGACAUGCACCCUUUUAUCUUUUAUAACCACUGCAGGUUCCAGUGUAAGUGCUGGGUUUGAUUCACUGCAGAUCCUGAUGUGAGUGGAGUACGUUACAAACUGUUGCAGAGCAGACCAAACCGGUGUUAAACCAGUUCCACACUUGCUAUACAAUCCUAAGUGAGACCAACAUGUUACCAUACGUUUCCUCUUCUGGCCUUUUGAAAUUAUUUGUUUCGGGUAAAUAAGUUAAUAUCGUUCAGCUCAGUUGAGUUCAGGAGUUGCGUUCUCCCGCUGUUCUGCGGUCAAGAAUGAUUUAAUAGCAGUUCCUCAGUUGGUCUCUCACAGUCGAGCUGGUGAGUAGGGGUCAAAGGCAGAGCCAUUUUUAACUUAUCUUGGAUUAUGUUAUGGAAUGUACCAUGGACUGUCUCCCUUGUAAAGAGGUCUUCACAGUGAAUAGGUGCUCGCCACAACAUAAGUUUUAACAGAAAAAUCCUCAUUUAGCACCGGGCAGCCAAGACGGUCAGAGCUACCACAGAAUAAUAACUUGAUGUAAGUUUAUGUUAUGGCUCUUCCAACUGAAGGAAUUUCACCGCACAUGGUUUUGGUUAUCUUGUUCAAAUUUUUUGUAUGGUUAAAGAGCAUGGCAUGAAGUUAAUUUUAUUUAUCUUGUAAAUAAAGUUUGCAUUGCUAAAAAAAAUAACGGUAAGCUGCUUAGUUGAUAAUAUUUUUUGUUUUCUGAUGAAGUUCUUGAUGGCAAAGGGUGCUGUCUGUAAUCAUUCUGUAGCUGAAUGUUGAGUGGGGGGAAAUAAAUAAUAUUGUUUUUUAUUUAUUUAAACUGCUGGUAGUCUUACAUUGUUGCUCCAGUUUUCCAUGUAUAAUCCAUGAUGGAAAAUUUCAAUAAAGUCCUGUUUUUUUUU